CUCUCUCUCUCUCUCUCUCUCUCUCUCUCUCUCUCUCUCUCUCUCUCUCUCUCUCUCUCUCUCUCUCUCUCUCUCUCUCUCUCCAUCUUAUUCUAACUUCAUCUUAGGCAACCAACCUGUCUCUUGUUGCCUUCAUACUUGUCCUGUUGGAACCUCUGCAACACCCCCCCUCUCUCUCUCUCUCUCUCUACAACUUUUCUUUCUCUCUCUAAACUCCAUGAAAACAUCACCAUAACCUAAAUCAUCCAACCUCCUUCUGCUGCUUCUCAGGGUCCAACUUAAGAGUCAUUAAUGGCGUUGAGUGGCAGUGAGAAAGAGAUAGGAAUGCAGACUUCGUCUCCUUACAACAACAAUCACUUAAUUAGGGAAUCAUCUUCUGAAACGGUGGAUCAUGGGUUGGAUCCAGAUCGGUUUCCCGGCACCGGAGCUUCGGUUACACCGAUAUCAGUCGGAUCUAAGCUGCUGAAGUCGCCGCUGCAGAUGCCGAGGUACAGAGAAUGUCUCAAGAACCAUGCUGCAAACAUUGGUGGAAACAUCACCGAUGGAUGCGGCGAGUUUAUGCCAUCAGGAGACGACGGAACCCUAGAAGCACUCAAAUGCGCAGCCUGCAACUGCCACAGAAACUUCCACCGUAAAGAAUAUCCCACCACCAGUCCCGCAGUAGGUCCUUUCCUCCAGCUUCCUCCUCCGUUACCCUCCCCAUCUCCAUCACCAUCAUUCCACCACCAUCACCACCACCACCGUACCCCACCUGCAAUCUCCCUCCACCACAACCACAACCACCACCACCACCCCAACUGGGCUUCCUCCAUCAACGCUCCACCUGUCAAAAUGGCUUUCGCCGGUAGCGUCGGCGGUGCAGCCACUGAAUCCUCCAGCGAGGAGCUUAAUUUUACGGCGGGGGCAGUUGCUCCGCCUUACGGGGUUGCUAAAAAGAGAUUUAGAACUAAAUUUACACAAGACCAGAAGGAGAAAAUGCUGGAAUUCGCAGAGAAAGUUGGGUGGAGGAUCCCAAGAGAAGAUGAUCCUGAAGUUCAAAGGUUUUGCGCAGAGGUAGGAGUUAAAAGACAAGUCCUCAAGGUUUGGAUGCAUAAUAAUAAAGCCACUUCUGGGAAAAAGCUACUUCAAGAUUCCAACGAGAGCAUUAAUUGAUUGUACUGUACAACCCAGUUAUGCAUAAAUUUCGGUAGAAUGUUCAGUACUCACUAGUGUGUAUAUGACCCGCCUACUCCUCCUAGCUAGAGACAGAUGCAUCUUCAUCUUCAUCUUCAUCGUCUUCUUUUAUUUUCAUUUUUUUGGUUGGGUUGAAUUUUUAAUUUUUUAUCAAUGUCUUUUUAAUUAGCUUA